CCACGGCAAAUAAACAAACCAACAAACGAGGAAACAUUCCGAAGAGCAAUGUCUUCCCUAUCCUUCACACCCGUCGCGCUCUUUGGUGGUGCAAUUAGAGCUACUGUACCGCUGUCCUUCAGAGAUGCUGCCGACUUCCGUCAAGUCCCAGACACCCAGGAAGUCUAUGUCUCUAUGGAGGAAGGAAUGGACAUAAGCGUGGUGAUCGACCUAAACCAACGGGUGCAAGCCCCAAGCGAUCUAGAGGCUCUAGACAUACACUUCCAAGACGUCGCUGACGACCAAGACCGCUCCUACGCUGCGGUGUCCAGAGAGACCAUAACUCUUCCGAAAAUGGCGGACAAACCAGCCUACAUGAUAAUCGGAACAAUCUCUUCCCGGCCCAGUGAUAACCCAGAGUACUUCAUCGGGAUAUUAAUGACGCUGGUACGAUUGCCGCAGCAAACAACGGACAUACUAAUCACCGUUAAUAUCCCGUUUAACACCUCCGAGUUAGCCCAGGCGGAGAAGUACCUUGUAUCCCCGCGGGCAGAGACUAUAGGCGGGGGAGGGGAGAAGAGCCAGAUGCUGAGGUUGGGUAUGGCGGUUUUGGAAGGCGUGUUGCGAGAGUUCGAGGUUUUGGAUUGGGGGCUUUUCUUAGAGGAUGUGCCGGAGGAGGGGGAGUGGGAGGGGAUGCGAGGGGAUACUGAGAUGGAGGGAGUGAGAGCUGCUUAGAGAUAUGAAAGGCGGUUGACGCGGGGACCGGAUUGGGUAGGAUUUGAACUCUGAAAUGUGGAAUCGAAAAUCAUGUAUUUAGUUAGGGUUGAUGAGAACUCAGUUAGGUAUCUACAAUUUAACGAUGUAAUUUAUAA